UCAUGGGACAUAUUCUUUCGCAAUGCCAAUGCUGGAGCUGCUCCAGGUACUGCUUACCAAAGCCCCCCUCCGUUAAAUACCAGCCUAUCAACCCUGGCCCAUGCACAAUCUCUGGUUCAAGCACAGCCAAAUGUAGAUAAGCUGGUGGAAGAUCAUCUUGCAGUCCAGUCACUUAUCAGGGCAUAUCAGAUUCGAGGGCAUCAUGUAGCCCAGCUCGACCCAUUGGGCAUCUUGGAUGCUGAUCUGGACUCUUCCGUUCCAGCUGAUAUUAUCAGUUCCGCAGACAAACUGGAUCUUGCUGUAUUCAAGGAGCGGCUGAGAGUGCUAACAGUAGGAGGGUUUUAUGGUCUAGAUGAAUCGGAUCUUGACAAAGUCUUUCACUUGCCAACUACAACUUUCAUUGGAGGAAAUGAGUCUGCUCUUCCACUCCGGGAAAUCAUCCGUCGUUUGGAGAUGGCUUACUGUCAGCACAUUGGAGUAGAAUUCAUGUUUAUUAAUGAUCUUGAGCAAUGUCAAUGGAUAAGGCAGAAGUUUGAAACGCCUGGUAUCAUGCAGUUCUCCAGUGAGGAGAAGCGCACCCUGCUGGCCAGGCUAGUGCGUUCAACCAGGUUUGAGGAGUUCCUGCACAGAAAGUGGUCUUCUGAGAAACGGUUUGGUUUGGAAGGCUGUGAGGUUCUGAUUCCUGCUUUAAAGACAAUAAUUGACAAGUCAAGUGAAAAAGGAGUGGAUUAUGUUAUCAUGGGAAUGCCUCACAGAGGGCGUCUCAAUGUUCUUGCCAAUGUUAUCAGAAAGGAGUUGGAGCAAAUUUUCUGCCAGUUUGAUUCUAAGCUAGAAGCUGCAGAUGAAGGCUCAGGGGAUGUAAAGUACCAUUUGGGAAUGUAUCACCGAAGGAUUAACCGUGUCACUGACAGGACCAUCACUCUUUCACUGGUUGCAAAUCCUUCUCAUUUGGAGGCUGCUGAUCCUGUUGUUCAGGGAAAAACAAAGGCAGAACAAUUUUACUGUGGGGACACUGAAGGAAAGAAAGUUAUGUCAAUCCUUUUGCAUGGAGAUGCUGCUUUUGCUGGGCAAGGGAUCGUUUACGAGACUUUCCAUUUGAGUGACCUGCCUUCCUAUACAACACAUGGGACAGUUCAUGUGGUAGUGAACAAUCAGAUUGGAUUCACUACCGAUCCUCGUAUGGCCCGUUCCUCCCCAUAUCCAACAGAUGUGGCUCGUGUGGUUAAUGCACCCAUUUUCCAUGUCAAUGUUGAUGAUCCAGAGGCUGUAGUAUAUGUGUGCAAUGUGGCAGCUGAAUGGAGAAGUACUUUCCACAAAGAUGUAGUUGUGGAUCUGGUGUGCUACAGGCGAAAUGGGCAUAAUGAGAUGGACGAGCCAAUGUUCACUCAGCCAUUAAUGUAUAAGCAGAUCCGAAAACAGAAACCUGUGCUACAGAAGUAUGCUGAGACUCUGAUUUCACAAGGAGUAGUAAAUCAACCAGAAUAUGAGGAGGAAAUUUCCAAGUAUGACAAAAUCUGUGAAGAGGCUCAUGCCAGGUCCAAGGAUGAAAAAAUCCUUCACAUCAAGCAUUGGUUAGACUCUCCAUGGCCUGGUUUCUUCACCCUGGAUGGCCAACCUCGGAGCAUGACUUGUCCUUCUACCGGCUUGACUGAAGAAGAUUUGGUCCAUAUAGGAAAGGUGGCCAGUUCAGUUCCUGUUGAAAAUUUUACCAUUCAUGGGGGCUUAAGCAGGAUUCUAAAAACACGAGGAGAGAUGGUUUCCAAUAGGACUGUAGACUGGGCCUUAGCAGAGUAUAUGGCGUUUGGCUCUCUUCUUAAAGAAGGAAUCCAUAUUCGGCUGAGUGGACAAGAUGUUGAAAGAGGAACAUUCAGCCAUCGGCACCAUGUCUUGCAUGAUCAGAAUGUUGACAAGAGAACCUGUAUUCCCAUGAAUCAUCUGUGGCCAAAUCAAGCUCCUUACACUGUCUGCAAUAGUUCUCUCUCAGAAUAUGGAGUCCUAGGAUUUGAGCUUGGCUUUGCUAUGGCCAGUCCCAAUGCUUUGGUGGUUUGGGAAGCUCAAUUUGGCGACUUCCACAAUACAGCUCAGUGUAUCAUCGACCAGUUCAUCUGCUCUGGGCAGGCCAAAUGGGUGAGGCAGAAUGGCAUUGUACUUCUUCUUCCCCAUGGCAUGGAGGGCAUGGGCCCUGAGCAUUCUUCUGCUCGACCAGAACGAUUCUUACAAAUGUGCAAUGAUGAUCCAGAUGUCUUCCCGAAACUAGACGACUUUGAUGUGCGCCAGCUGUACGACUGCAAUUGGAUUGUUGUAAACUGCUCCACUCCAGCAAACUUUUUCCAUGUUAUGCGGCGGCAGAUACUUCUCCCCUUCCGGAAACCACUGAUAGUCUUCACUCCAAAGUCCUUGUUGCGUCACCCUGAAGCUCGGUCCAGCUUUGAUGAAAUGCUGGCAGGCACUCAUUUCCAGCGUGUCAUCUCAGACACUAGUCUGGCAGCACAGAAUCCAGAACAAGUCAAACGAGUUCUCUUCUGCACUGGUAAACUUUAUUAUGAACUUAUUCGAGAGCGGAAGACACGGAAUAGGGAAGCAGAUGUGGCCAUUACAAGGGUAGAGCAGCUGUCGCCAUUCCCUUUUGACCUCCUGCUGAAGGAAUUCCAUAAAUACCCCAAUGCAGACCUAGUUUGGUGUCAAGAAGAGCACAAAAACCAAGGAUAUUAUGAUUAUGUGAAACCUAGACUCCGCACAACCAUUGACCGUGCAAAGCCAGUGUGGUAUGCUGGCCGAGAACCUGCUGCUGCCCCAGCAACAGGAAACAAAAAGAAUCACUUAACCGAACUGCAACGCUUGCUGGACACGGCCUUCAACCUCGACUCUUUCAAGGGCUUGUCUUAGAUGCAUCUGGACCUUAGUUCUGUCCCAACACCCUGUGUUUAUGGUGUUUCUAUCUAUCAUUUCUUUUCUGUGUCUUUAACUAUAGACUUGUAAGCUAACUUAAGGAGCUUGUUAUUAACCUCUUCCUGCUGUUAAAAGAAGUGCCCCAUCAAAACAAUCCCUGUCUGAAUAUUUGUGUUAAGGUUUCUGAGGGUUGCUGCAUCUUCUGGAUUCACUCCUGCACAAACCCCUGGGCUUACCUUGCUCCAUUGCUCCAGGAUGAGAGCUUCGAAGGGACUAAUAUUGGCCUUCCAAAUAACCCUUGGUAGUGGGUGGUAUGGUGGAUUCUAGUUAAUGCCUGAUUCUUGACUUUAAUCCCAAAAUUAAUCUGGAGCUCGCACUGCUUUGUGACAAAUUAUGAUUUUCAUCCCCCAUUGCACUAUUCAAGGUGCGUGUGAGCUGGUAUUGAACUUGAUUUUGGUGACAAUAUUACCUUUCCACAAUAUUCCAUAUCUCUGACAUUGAAAAUCCUGGGCUCACACUGUUUUACUGCUGUUAUUUAACAAUUAGUAUUGUCUUCACUAGAUGUACCUCUUUGAGGAUAUUUUAUGGAAAUCUUGUUUCUUUUAAUGAAGGAAGCAGGAUAAUCUGCAAGGCACAGACCUAGGUGUUUGUUUUAUCAAACUGUAACUCUUACUAAUUCAAAUCACAUCCUGGAUGAGGGCCUGUUUGAAUCUUGGCAUCUAAUAUAUCUUUUUUUAACAUGGUCACCAUAACCAUAACUAUACGGGCCUUCAAUUUCAUCUAGCUUUUGGCUCUGACU